CCGUCCCCUCGUCUGGCGUCGUUGCGACGACAACGUGCGACGAUGCCCACCAACCGUACGUUGACAUUGAAGUCAACGUCAAUGUCGACGUUGGACUCGGACCGACGAACGCCGUCCGUUUGGACGAAGUCAAGGCAAGCCCCACGACAAGGUAUGGAGCCAAGAGACGCACUCGAACUGCACGACCUCGAGGUUGCAUGGCCAGGCGAUCCCAUUCCAACCUCGCGUGGCGUCGGCUCGUGAGUCGAGUCAAAGUCUUUUUGUCCUUGCUUCGUUCACGAUGGCUGACACGUCCAGCAUUCAGCUCGACGCAUUGUCGGUGGUCCAUGCCGUGGUGUUGGUGCUGGUUGGUUACGCCUGCCUGCAGCUUGGCCUGCUUGUUCUCGACGGCUCCUUCAUGCAUUUGCUCUUGUCCGAGGGUCGCAUCGUGGUGGCUCCUUUGUCCAAGAGAAUUCAGAGCCACGGUUUGUCCGAUGCGGUCAAGUUUCGUUCGAGUGUACACACGUCGACGACGAUUCGACUGCCUGUGGCAACGACCGUCCAGCCUGGACAGUUGACCGCUCUGCCCUCCUUGCCUCAUGACAUCCCCAUGGUUCAGUCGGCGGUGGCGCCACCGACAGGACUCCGCGUGCUCUUUUUUGGAACGGAUGCGAUCUCGCUGGCGACGCUUGAAUUGCUCCAUGCCAAUAUGCAACCACGAUUGCCGCACCUCCCGCCUUUGAUUCACUCCAUCGAGGUGGUAUGCCCCACCGACAAGCGUGUCGCUCGAACGCGAUCGAUUGCGCCCGUUCCAGUCAAGCAAUUUGCCCUGGACAACCACCUCCCCAUUCAUCACGUCCCUGACAACGCAAAAGCACGUCGGCAGUGGACUGUGCCGCCGCCUGCCACCGGGUCCGCCUUUGACAUUGCCGUGGUCGUCUCGUUUGGCUAUUUCAUCCAUCCCCCGAUGCUGGCCAACGUUGCCAAGGGAGCGAUCAACAUGCACCCGUCCAUCUUGCCCAAGUAUCGCGGACCGGCGCCGAUCCCGCGAGCGUUGUAUCACGGGGACAAAGCGACGGGCAUUUCAAUCAUUGAAAUCGACCCGAGGGCGUUCGAUGUAGGCCGGAUCCUCUACUGCGACGACACGAUCGCGAUCCCCGACACCGCCACCUUACCAGAGUUAUCCAAGCGGUUGGCCUCGCGAGGCGCCGAAUGCGUUCUGCACACGUUGCGCGAUAUCGAUACCCUUUUCCAACACGCGCGGCCACAGGACGAAGCAAGCGCCACCGCAGCACCCAAGAUGCGCCGUGAGGACGGGAUUGUGUUGUGGACGGAAACCGCGGCGCAAUUGUACAACAUGUGGCGGGCAGUCGGGGCAUCGUACGGCGUCGUGGCGUCGCUGGGCGGCAAAGCGAUCAAGUUUAUCGAGAUGCACCGACCAAACAUGGAUGCUGCGGUGGCGUUUGAAACGCGGGUCGCGGCGAGUGUCCCAGCCGCGGCUGGAAUGUGCUGGUACGACAAAGCCACCAAGGGAUUGUGGAUCCAGGCCGCCGAUCGCGAGUGGAUUGUCGUGUUGCGCGUUCAAGUUGCCAACCGCGCCGUCCGAACGGCGUCCGAAUUUGCCGACGGACAACGAGUGCGACCGCUCCAACCCUUUCGAUUUGACCAGAACGACGUAGUCGACGCCGCGUCGCGAUCGGUCCGUUGCAACUAG